AUGGACACUGCAACCACCAACCCCCGAGGUAUACCCACGUUCCCCUUCAUGUCCAAUGUGACCGACUACGUCAAGUCAAUCGAAGAUGUCGAGCCGACCCUUCAAAGAUUCCAGGAGAUGGUCUCCAAAUACACAUUCAUGCAACAAAACCUGGAGCGGAGAGCGAUCGGACUGAAAGAGAAAUUGCCCGAGAUGAAGAGGACAUUGCAGGUUGUCAAGUUUCUGAAGAAGAAGCGGAAAGACCUCGCUGAAAAGAAGGAAAAGGACGGCGUCGAGGAGCUGAGUCUCGACGAAGAUGACGAUCUUCUUGGGGAGAAAAGGCCCGGCAGCGACGAGCUUGAGACAACAUUCUCCCUCCAGGACACUCUGUAUGCCAAAGCCAUCAUCAAGCCAGCGCAGGUCGAUGAAGUAUACCUCUGGCUCGGGGCGAAUGUCAUGGUCGCCUACCCUCUCGACGAAGCUGAAGAGCUCCUGCAAGCCAAGUGGGACAAAGCCAAGGAGAGCCUGACUGCCUGUGACGAGGACCUAGAGUUUCUGAGGGUUCAGAUCACGACAUUGGAGGUUGCGAUUGCGAGAGUGCACAACUGGGACGUUGGCGAGAAGAGGAAGCUACGGGCACAAGGGAGAUUGCCGGAAAAUGUAGGCGGAAAGGCAAAGGAAAAGGACUGA